UUUCCCUGUUUUGGUUGUAAUGUGUUUCAGUCGGUUGCUGGAGGUCCAAUUAUUCCCUUAAAAGUUGCGCUGCCAUACAUAGUUACAUAACUGAAUUAUUCGUCCAUUUGUAAGUGAUCCUUGCAUGCGCAUCGGAAUGGAUAGUCGUUGUUAUUGUUGUACCUCUAAGUUCGGUGUCUUUAAAAAGGAGCUGGGUUGUAAAGGCUGUGGCCGCUCUUUCUGCUCCAGCUGCUUGACAUUUAAUGCUGUGGUGCCACGUUAUGGCAACACCCAGCAGAAGGUCUGCAAGCAAUGCCAUGGUAAUCUUACAAGUGGGAAUACUUCAAACGAUACAGGAAAAUGGUCACCGCCCGAAAACUACAAAAAACGAGUUGCUGCGUUUGAAGCCAAACAGCAAAGGCAGAUGACACAACCACACGGAGGCAGUAUACAUUCUCAAGCGGGUCUUCCCUCUCCUAAAGGCCUAAGUAAGGAAGAUCAGGCAAUUGCUGAAAGGCUUCAAAAGCUGAAAGAAGACACUGCACCAAAGUCUAUCCCUUCUGAAAAGGAAAUUGAGGCUCGGCUCGCUGCCCUUAAAGCUCCCAGCAAGCCAGUGCCUUCUUCGCAGGAGAUGGAAGACCGUUUAGCAGCUUUAAAGGGCCGAACUCCUCCUUCUCAAACACCCCCACCUGUCCACCAGCCUCCAGAUAACAGGACUCAAACCGAGCAAGCCAAUGACCUUCUUACUCAGAUGACAGAGGAAGUUGUUAUUGACCAUCAGCUUGCAAAUCCUGGAUCCAAGGAUAAUGGACAUAUGAAUGAUCUUAACAAAGGGGGGGAAAGGACACAACAGGGCAAUAUGGAUGAGAACCAAGACUCAAGGAGACAGCUUGAGAUUGAGGGGGCACGUUUGCUUGAAGAGGCCCAAGAGGAGUUGAAAAAGGAUCAUCAUUCCACAGAACAAAUCCUCAACAUGGCCAAGAGGCUCGCGCUGCUGAAAGGCCAGGACCCAGACAAAGUUAAGAUGGAAGAUUUCAAACACCCAGACAGUGAUGAGGAGACAGAGGAUGAAGCCAUAAUAAGGGUUUUAAAGCAGCUCUCAGAAGAGGCUGCACUAGAUGAGGCCAGUGGCUACAACAUACCUCUAGAACACAGUGGACCAAAAAACACAGAGAAGAAUAAGAACUCCAAGAAGCCCACUCAAGCUCCAGCAGCCAAGAGUAGGACUCCUCCAGCAGCUGUGAGAUCGGCACAUCCGCCAUCAGACAGCGAAGACGAUGAACUUCCGUGGUGUUGCAUCUGUAACCAUGAUGCCACUCUACGCUGUCACACCUGUGAUGGAGACCUGUACUGUAACCGCUGCUUCAGGGAAGGACACGAUAAAUACGACAGGAAGGAGCACCGCACCACCAAUUACACUGCACCAAAAAAGAAACGCAAGUCCUGAUGGUGGCAUCGUGCUGAUAGUGGUGGCCUGAUCAACACUGCAUUCUUCCGCCAUUAAUGGAACACUUAAUGUUGUUAAGAAAGCCUUACACUAACUGCAAAACUUAAUCUACAUGCAUAUUUAAAUCCAGUCAUGGAUGUUGUUUUUGAAUUAGAAUACAUGAAUGAAUAAUUUAAUAAAUUAAGUCAUCAACAUUGAAAUACUAAUACAUUAACAAUUAUGAUAUAUGAAAAAUCAAUUCAAUGUUCUUCAUAAUUAAUCAAAAGAGAAGUAGGCCUUUGAGUGAUUGGUUAUUUUAGCGAAGCUGCACUGCCUCAAGAUUAAAACAAAAUUUUUUGUCACUCAUCCUCCUUCCUUAGUAACUAAGGCUGUACUUUUCUAUUUGAGGACUUCAUCAUGUUGACAACACACACAAUAUAACGCAAAUCAUGAGCUCUGCUGGGAUGAUUUCCAACCUCAAACUGUCAGCACUGGAGUGACGAAGCUCCGCAGAGUCCGUAUAAAAGGAUUAGUAAGGCUUUUGUUUUCCAUUGGCAGGCACCACGACCACACUUGUAAUCUACGUUUGAAUGUGUGUCGAACAUCGCAGCAUUGCCUCGCUUCUCCUUGCACAUAAUUUCAUUACUGUGACUGCUGCAGGGUUGUUUUUGAGAGAUGGCUACAUUUUAUUUUUUUGCAGUUUGUCAGUCAAGCAUAAUCACUUUACGAAAACGUGCCUGGCUAGGCAGAGAUGGCUGCAAGUGAGGAGUGUAGAUGGUCUCUAUAGUGGAAAUGGGGACGAUCCAAGCAAAUUACUGUAAUGGACCCUGAUGGAGCCAAAAGACCCUCAUGUGUGACAGCGAGACCAGCAGAGUGGCAGAGUGUAGUCUCAUCAAGACACAUCACUGUCUAGCCAACUGAGGAGGAACCAUCAUCAUACUCUCCUCUGGGGGCUCCAUUAAGCUUUGUAUGGAGGUCGUUAAUGUAUUUGCCUUUUCUGGUUAUGUCGUACACAGACAGGAAAUGGGAGAGGAUAAUGGAUGCAUACUUAAUGGACCUUCCUGCUGAUGGUUUUUGCUGUGUUUACUCCUAAACUUGACAUGUCAAUAUCCCCUUUGGCUUCCCCUGCCAUGCUGAAAAAUAAAUGUCAGAAAAUGCUUUCUGGAAAUGA